AUGAACCCUAAGAUAUCAGACUUUGGGAUGGCUAGAAGCUUUGGAGGAAACGAGAGUCAAGCAAACACACAGAGAGUUGUUGGUACAUAUGGUUACAUGUCCCCGGAGUAUGCAUUAGAUGGUGUUUUCUCAUUCAAAUCCGAUGUAUUUAGCUUCGGUGUUUUAGUGCUAGAGAUAAUGAGUGGGAAGAGAAACAGGGGAUUCAUUCAUUCUGAACAUGACAAUAACCUCCUUGGACAUGCAUGGAGAAUGCAUAACGAAGGCAGGUCAAUGGAACUCAUUGAUACAUCUUUAAGCCAAUCAAGCAAUUCGUCGGAAGUUAUACGAUCAAUUAUAGUGGGGUUGUUAUGUGUUCAACAAAGCCCAAAAGACAGGCCAAACAUGUCAUCUGUUGUUUUAAUGUUGGGCAACGAGGGUAUACUGCAGAAACCUAAGCAGCCAGGUUUUUUCAUAGAAAGGAUCUUACAUGGUGCUGAUAUUUCUUCAAGCAGUUACCCAAUGAGUUCAACCAACGAUUUAACUAUUACAGAGGUAGCUGCUCGAUAGAAAGAACAUACAUAGCUUCAACCUCAAGUCUUGUUCUUUUUAUUUUCGUUAGCACCUUCAAAUAUACGGCUAUGUAUUAUCUUUGUUUCAAAACAUAUCUACCACAAUGGUUUAGUGUCAAAAUGAUAGU